CUAGGGUUUUGGCAGAGACCCCGGAAGCGGCGGCCUCCAGUUUUUGCUGCGGCUUCUGACUCCGGCCUUGGGAUGGGUUGCGACGGAGGAACGAUCCCCAAGAGGCACGAGCUGGUGAAGGGGCCGAAGAAGGUCGAGAAGGUUGACAAAGAUGCUGAACUGGUGGCCCAGUGGAACUACUGUACUCUAAGUCAGGAAAUCCUGAGGCGCCCAAUCGUUGCCUGUGAACUUGGCAGACUGUAUAACAAAGAUGCUGUCAUCGAGUUUCUGUUGGACAAAUCUGCUGAAAAGGCUCUGGGGAAGGCAGCCUCACACAUUCGAAGCAUCAAGACUGUGACAGAACUCAGGCUUUCUGACAACCCUGCCUGGGAAGGGGAUAAAGGAAACACCAAGGGCGACAAGCAUGACGAUCUCCAGCGAGCGCGGUUCAUCUGCCCUGUGGUGGGCCUGGAGAUGAAUGGCCGGCACAGGUUUUGCUUCCUUCGAUGCUGCGGUUGUGUGUUUUCUGAACGCGCCUUGAAAGAGAUAAAAGCUGAAGUUUGCCACACGUGUGGGGCUGCCUUCCAGGAGGAUGACGUCAUUGUGCUCAAUGGCACCAAGGAGGACGUGGAGUUGCUGAAGAAGAGGAUGGAGGAAAGGCGGCUGCGGGCCAAGCUGGAGAAGAAAACAAAGAAACCGAAGACAGCCGAGUGUGUGUCAAAGGCGGGUGCCACAGACGACUCUGCAGGGCCAUCAAAAGUGAAGGCUGGCAAGCCGGAAGAAGCAGACCCUGAUCCCAGAGAGAAGAAAAGCACCUUGGUUUCCAAGGGCACAGCAGCUAACGGGAAUGCUUCUGGGAAAGCUGGGAAGCCGCCGUGUGGGGCCCUGAAGAGGUCCAUUGCAGACAGUGAAGAGUCUGAAACCUACAAGUCCAUCUUCACAAGCCACAGCUCUGCCAAGCGCUCCAAGGAGGAGUCUGCCCACUGGGUCACCCACACGUCCUACUGCUUCUGAAGCAGGGCCACGCACGGCCCCUCCCCUCAGGGCCCCUCCCCGCAGGGCCCCUCCCCUGUGGCCUUCUAGGCCACUUGCCUGAUGUGGCAAUGUGCUAUAAAGCUGUCCUCUCCGAUACUGGACCUGUGUGGUCACUUGCUGUGAGGAGCGUGGGUCCCGGGGAGGGUGAGGUGGCUUCACAUGACUGGCGGCCUCUCCCCCAGGCUGCACCUCUGGGUUAGCCUGGUAGCCUGGUGAGUCUCCUGCUCACGUUUAGGUAACAGAAAGAUUCUGGGUUCCUCACUGCACACUUGGCUCAUUUUCUAAAGCUGUAAUGGGUUAGGGAAGCACUGACCCUGAGUUCAGCUUAGGGACAGAGUUCCAGCUGUCAGACCUUGCUCUGGGGUUCUUGCCCGAUACAAGGACAUCAUCAUAGAGGAAUCAGACGCCUGAGUGAUACAGAAUAAAACCCUUUUCUCUCA